GACUUGUAUCUGCCCAGGCUGAGUGGAAGCCAAAAGCAGUGCCUGAGAGGAAGCACGGCCCAGAGCUGGUAUCAUGGAAGCCCUGAUCCCUCUCCUACAGCUGCUGAUGUUGCUCCUGACCCUACCCCUGCACCUUCUGGCUCUGUUAGGUUGCUGGCAGCCACUAUGCAAAACCUACUUCCCCUACUUCAUGGCCAUGCUGACUCCCAAAGCCAACAGAAAGAUGGAGAACAAGAAACAGGAACUCUUUCGCCAGAUAAAGGAACUUAAGGGGACCUCUGGGAAAGUGGCCCUGCUGGAGCUGGGCUGCGGCACUGGGGCCAACUUCCAGUUCUACCCACCUGGCUGCAAGGUCACCUGCCUGGACCCAAACCCCAACUUUGAGAAGUUCCUGACAAAGAGCAUGGCUGAGAAUCGGCACCUCCAAUAUGAGCAGUUUGUCGUGGGUUAUGGAGAGGACAUGAAACAACUGGCUGAUAGCUCCAUGGAUGUGGUGGUCUGCACUCUUGUGCUGUGCUCUGUUCAGAGCCCCAAAAAGGUCCUGCAGGAAAUCCAGAGAGUUCUGAGACCGGGAGGACUGCUGUUCUUCUGGGAGCAUGUGGCAGAGCCUCGGGAAAGCUGGGCCUUUAUGUGGCAGCGAGUUUUCGAGCCCACCUGGAAACACAUUGGGGAUGGUUGCUGUCUCACCAGAGAGACCUGGAAGGACCUUGAAAGGGCUCAGUUCUCGGAAAUCCAAAUGGAAUGGCAGCCCCCUCCCUUCAAGUGGUUACCUGUUGGGCCUCACAUCAUGGGAAAGGCUGUGAAAUAAACCAAAGAUGUCAUCUGC